AUGGCGGCCAUCCACGAAAUCUCAUCGGAGGGCGACGUGAAGCUCAUCUGCGGCAGCGAGGAGACAGGCGAUGCGACGCACAUCAUUGUCUGCUCGGCUGUUCUGAGGCACGGUUCUCCUGUCUUCAAGGCGAUGUUGGGUGCCAAGUUCAAGGAAGGCCACACUUUGGCGACCGGCGCGCGGCUCGACCUACCACUGCCCGAUGAUGACGCAGCAAGCAUGUUGACCAUUUGUCAAAUCAUGCACAUGCGACCCGUAGCACCUGGAGUGCAGACUUCCGAGGCGUUCCUGAAGCUCGCGAUCGUGGUCCACAAAUACGAUUGCAAGUCCGCGCUCGCGUAUCAGAUCAUGGUCUGGAUGCAGGGCACGCAACUUCACGAGUCUGACACGGACCGAUUGAAUCUAUUCAUUUCGGCCUAUGUUCUGGACUCGGCUGCGGACUUCUACCGACUGGGACACGAUGUUGUACUGCACAACAAAUCCCUCUCUGUGGCCGACGACGUUCUGGGAAUCGAUAGGAUGCUCAAAAAAGCCAUCACUGCCCUCCAAGCACAUAUUGAACGCGUAAAGGAACACACAGCAAGCCAAGUCGGCACCAUUAUCAAGCAGGAAUGCACAGGUUUCGCGUUCACCAAUACUCAUUAUCAGAACUGUAAUCUCUGCGGCUGCUUCUACGUUUCAGAUCGAAGCAACAAAUUCAUGGGGAAAUUGUUCGAGAGCGACUUGUGGCCAAUCACUUCCUUCACAAAGCAAACUCUGCACCAAAUGUGCGAGGGACUCUCCUCCUUCCCGACCGGAUGGUCCGAGUCUCAAGUGGUCUGCGGCUCAUACUGCAGAAAACACUGCAUGAAGAAGGAUCAGGGCGUUCUAACCCAUAUGAAGCAUAUUGCAAGCUCGAUCAAGCAUGAGGCAAUCAAGCCUUGUUUGGUUUGUGUCAAAGAAGGCCACAUGCAGGCCAGGGGAAUCUGCGAGAAGGGACACUGCAAUUGA